AUGUGGCAGAUGCAGGUGCGUCUCCCAGAAUGUGCGACGUGGUAUUUUCUGGACGUGCCGAGGGGGCCCCUCCCCUCGUUCGCAGAAGCUGCCGCGGACACUGCAUAUUCAGUGAGCGUGCGCAGCAUAUGCCAGCAGCUGGCAAUCAUAUUCAGCCUGUUCAGGGACAAGGAAAUCGUGCUCUUCAAGUGUCAGGGGGAGAUGGUAAGGGGCGACAGGCUGCGCGACGAAGACCGCGUCUAUGACUUAACCUGGCUCAUCGGGUUUAGGACCGACAUUCAUGACAUCAUGCUCCAGGCUGCUCAUGAGAUCACGCCAGUUGAUCCGCGUGUAAAGUGGUCAUGCGAGCCACCAUGCAACACUGAGGACAAUAUCAUCCGCUGCGUGGUGUUCCUCGAGCCACUCGGCAAGUGGGGCGCGGCGACGAUCGGCAACUUCAAGGAUAUCAUCAGGUCUGGGUUCGAAGAGAUCAUGCACUGGAAGUUCAGCAUCACGAUGCAGAAGAGCCAGGUGUGCAUCAAGCUUUGUCAGGGCAGCCACGCGAUCGGCGACAACCUUCACGAUGCGCAUUUGGCGAUUGACGACAAGUGGUACUGGGUAUCGUUCAACAACUACUUGAUGGAGAUCGAGAAGAUCGCGGAGUGGCUCGAGGAUGAGUGA